UAUGAGCUGUUGGCAGCUCUGCCAGCCCAGCUGCAGCCACAUGUGGAUAGCCAGGAAGACCUGACCUUCCUCUGGGAUAUGUUUGGUGAAAAAAGCCUGCAUUCACUGGUGAAGAUUCAUGAAAAGCUACACUACUAUGAGAAGCAGAGCCCUGUCCCUGUCCUCCAUUCAGCAGCAGCCUUGGCAAAUGAUCUGGCGGAAGAGCUUCAGCAAAAGCCAUUAAAUAGCGAGACCAGAGAGCUGUUGAAACUGCUGUCAAAACCCAACGUCAAGGCUUUGCUUUCUGUACAUGACACUGUGGCUCAGAAGAAUUAUGAUCCAGUAUUACCCCCUAUGCCUGAUGAUAUUGAUGAUGAAGAAGACUCAGUGAAAAUAAUUCGACUGGUCAAAAAUAGAGAACCACUGGGAGCAACCAUUAAGAAGGAUGAGCAGACUGGGGCCAUUGUUGUGGCUAGAAUCAUGAGAGGAGGAGCUGCAGAUAGAAGUGGUCUUAUUCAUGUUGGUGAUGAACUUAGGGAAGUGAAUGGGAUUCCUGUAGAGGAUAAAAGGCCUGAAGAAGUAAUACAGAUUUUGGCUCAGUCCCAGGGAGCAAUUACGUUUAAGAUUAUACCCAGCAUCAAAGAGGAGACUCCAUCUAAAGAAGGCAAGGUGUUUAUCAAAGCCCUCUUUGACUACAGUCCUAGUGAGGACAAAGCAAUUCCAUGUAAAGAAGCUGGACUUGCUUUCAAAAAAGGAGAUAUACUUCAGAUUAUGAGCCAGGAUGAUGCAACAUGGUGGCAAGCAAAGCAUGAAGGAGAUGCCAAUCCAAGAGCUGGCCUGAUUCCCUCCAAGCACUUCCAGGAAAGGAGAUUGGCCCUGAGAAGACCAGAAAUAUUAGUUCAACCUUUGAAAAUUUCCAACAGGAAAUCAUCUGGAUUUCGAAGAAGCUUUCGUCUUAGUAGAAAAGAUAAAAAAACAAAUAAAGCCAUGUAUGAAUGCAAGAAGAGUGAUCAGUACGACACAGCUGAUAUACCUACAUAUGAAGAAGUGACCCCAUACAGGCGACAAAGCAAUGAGAAAUACAGACUUGUUGUUUUGGUUGGCCCUGUAGGAGUAGGGUUAAAUGAACUGAAAAGAAAGCUGCUGAUCAGUGACACACAGCACUAUGGCGUGACAGUGCCACACACUACCAGAGCGAGAAGAAGCCAGGAGAGUGAUGGCGUUGAAUACAUCUUCAUUUCCAAGCAUUUGUUUGAGACUGAUGUUCAAAAUAACAAGUUUAUUGAAUAUGGAGAAUAUAAAAACAACUACUAUGGCACCAGUAUAGAUUCAGUUCGGUCAGUGCUAGCUAAAAACAAAGUUUGCCUGUUGGAUGUUCAACCUCAUACAGUAAAGCAUUUAAGGACACUAGAAUUUAAGCCCUAUGUGAUAUUUAUAAAGCCUCCUUCAAUAGAACGUUUAAGGGAGACCAGAAAAAAUGCAAAGAUUAUUUCAAGCAGAGAUGACCAAGGAGCUGCCAAACCCUUUACAGAAGAAGAUUUUCAAGAAAUGAUUCAGUCUGCACAGAUAAUGGAAAGUCAAUAUGGUCAUCUUUUUGACAAGAUUAUAGUAAAUGAUGAUCUCACCAUGGCCUUCAACGAGCUCAAAACAACUUUUGACAAAUUAGAGACAGAUACCCAUUGGAUCCCAGUGAGCUGGCUUCACUCAUAA